UGUGCUUACUUGCUGUUAGUGACCAUUUAACUUGGCUUAUUUAAAGUGAAUCAGCUCAGUUCUGAAAUAACUAUGGUACUGUGCUUGCAAAGAAUAAAAUAAAAGCCUUCUGCUUAUCCAAGCAAAACUUCAGUCCAUUCGGUUUAUCUUUAUGUUUUAGAAGACAUGGCUUUGCUCAGGAAGAAUGCAAUAAUAAAAACAGAGAUGUUCUGUAAGUGAUAUUUCUUUCUUGAGGGGGAUUGAGUAGAGCUGGACGCUCAUCCUGUGGCUGGCUUUUGCGUUUUCAGACAGUUCCAGCAUCCUGAAACUGGAAUCCUUCAUGAGAGGAUAACAACUUGAGACUGAGACAGAUCAGCUAGAGUUAGUGAUUGAGCAAUUUGCUGACUGUCACUAGUGAUAUUUUGAAGGAAAUAUAAAUACAAAGUAGUGUUCUCUGUGUUUUAGAUGCAGCUUUCUUGUGAUAAAUGGAGGAGUAGCUGUUUUGCUUCGAGACUUUGGAGAUGUGAAUUACAAAUUGAUGUCUUCUGGAAGAAAGUUAGAGGAUUGGGAAGAGUGAGUUCAUGCACUUGUAAAUGAAUGCAUGGCUCUAGAGCUGAAAACGAGGGAUCCAAAUUCUAAAGCACUCAAAUUGUGUAAAACCAAAGUGUUCUUGGCAAAAUUACUGAAACGACUCUAUGGUGAAACUUCAUCAUCUUCUCCUGUGCAUACUUCAAAUAGAGAAGAGGAGGUGGUUCUUGGAAAUCUGGGAUCAAAAUCCAAAGAAAAGAAUUUGGGUAAUGUUCAGACUUCAUCAGCAGAUGCUAGCACAUCAACUGAUACACCCUGCAAAUCAUUUCAAGGUAGUGAUGAUGCAAUUAUGUCUCCAAGAAGAAUUUACAAAGUGGAUCUUCCUCCAGAGGGUUAUGUUGCAGCUACUCCAGAUGCUAUUAGUAGUGCCAUUUCUGAAAACUCAGGCAGUAGUGCUGACUCAACAGAAGAGGAAUAUCAAGGGCAAACCAAGAGAAAGUGCGUUCGAAGGAAGAAACAAAAGAGCAGUUUGCAAAUCUCUAAUAAUUUACAUGGAGAACAAACAGACUGUGGAAUGCAAGAGGCUCUAGUUCCAGAUAAUUUACAGCUGCAGCAGACAGACAGUCCCAAAAUAAGCAGAAACAAAAAGAGGAAAAUGAAAAAGAAGCGACAGAAAGAAAAAAAGAGAGCAGCUGGCUUGGUAACAAAAACUACCAGUGUGGAUUUUACAUAUCAGCCUGACAAAAACAACAGAGAAGAAGCAGCAGGCUUAAAAGACAUAGAUGAAAAGGCAGAUAGCAUUCUGGACUUCCUGCAGGCAACACAACAAAUUUAUUUUGCUGACAAUGUGACUCAUCUACAUCGUUUGAAAUCCCUUGUAUUGCUACAGGAUACUGAGAGAUUGAAGGAUGCCUUGAAACAAUUCCAAGAACAAUCCAUGAUGCUUCCUGAAUUGAAGGGGCUGAAAUUCUACGAAGACUCAGAAAUCAUGAUGAUUCCUCUCCGGAGAAUGACACCUGGGUAUAUAAGGUUGUUGCAGACUCAAGCUGCAGCAAAAAUUGUUAUCAACCCAUCAGACACAGCACUGCAACGGGCAGCGUUCCUCCUGGGAGUGUUUGGGAUCAGUAUAUCCAGCUACAGCACACAUCAGCUAACUCAAACAAAGAGAUUUCCCUUGACCCCUUAAGCUGUGUUGGGAUGUGACCCAAGAAGUCCAGGCUUAUGUCAGUACUGCUGAUGAGUGGCUUUUCUGCCUCAGAUACCAGUGUGGAGGUAAUGAGACACUUUGCAGUCGUGGCUUCUACGUGCAAAGUUAAAAAGAUGGAAGAAUUCCAGACAUCUUCAAGAAAGAAAAAAACUGCUAUCAGAAUCAUCAGAUUUCCAAAUAACAAAAACCGUCUGUAAAUACAAUGGACUUCUUUUGUUAUCCAGUGUAUACACAGAGAGAGACCUAAAGGUAUAAAAAUGCGGUUACAUUCAGAGUAGGUGUAAACAGGUUGAUGGGGGUGCCGUGCUUCAGGAGAAUUGCACUGCAUUGCAGCUUUUGCAAAUUGACUCUGAUGCAAAGACUGGUUUUGAAAAGAAGUUAAAGGCAACAUAUUCCUCUAAUAAGAGUUAGAACGAAUGAAAGUAAUCUCCCAUUGACUCUUUUCACUAUUCUAUCUAACUAGAUAUGUACAUUUGUGUGUAUUACAGAAUUUGUGCACUCUAGCCUUUUUUAUUGAAUCUUAAACAUUUCUUGAUGCCUUUUGAGUAGCAAUGUCUGUGUAUGUAACACAAGCUGGUAGUCUUCUGCCACAGCAGAGAUGGCCACAGGCUACACCAGCCAUAUGGUGCUGGGAAAGGCCCAUGGCUCCAGACCAGAUAACUUCAUAACUCUGUACAGUAACUCUCUGUUCUAGAAAGUAUCAGUAAAAAUAUUGUGUUGGGUUUCACUGUGAAGUUCCACAUCUGAUCAAAUUCCUCUGCAAAGCCAACUCAUCCCAUAAUAUACAUUUUGAUUAAAAUAGAAAUAGAGAUUAACUUUU